AUGAACACCGACACAGAUGGCAAUGAUAAAGUCGGACGUGUCGACGCCGAAACCCAGGACCAGGAUGUCGGCGCGUCCAACCCUGAACAACUCGGAGAGCAUUCGGAGUCUGUCCUCAGCAGCAGUUUACAGGAGGUUGCCCCUGUCGGGAGCUCUGUGGGCACCCAUGUGGUGAAUGGAGGCAUAAUAAAUGCCGAAAUCCUGCCGGUAGCCAACAGCGUAGCCCCCAACCUAGCCCCCGUGGUCGGCUUUCCUGCCCACGAAUGGUCAACCGCUCGCUACCCGGCAACCACACGCCAGUUGCAUACCAUGCAGUCACUCUCAGUAGCGCACAACGUAGACCUACCAUUCCUCGACGACCCCGAGCAGCAGAUUAACCGCGCCGGCGCGAGCCGCCUCAUCGAGUUCCUCAUGCAGGGGGCCACUCCUCCCACUGCGGUGAUCGACUACAUCUUGGCCGAAGGCGUCGAGCCUGAACCUACCGAACCCUUCGUGUGGCCCAACGGGGACACAGAGUUGCGCACCGAGAGACAGGCACAGUACAUCGGGAUGCUAUACGCCCAAAUAGGCGUUACGCCACCCCCGCUCGACAACCUCACUCAGAACGAGGCGUCUGCGGUGAUCGCGGCGCUGCGUAAUCCGUCUGAGUUCUCUCGCGUCGCGCAUCUUCCGAACCGGAACCGUCAGCUUUAA